AUGGUUGAACUAGACUUCCAGAUCCCCUCUGCUAUCGACCCUUUCGCCAAGGCCAAUGACUCGUCGGGAAGUGCACAUCAGGGUGCAGCAGAGGAAUGGGAAGAAGUGCCUGACCACGGUCCAGGCUACGAGAGGAUACUCAAGGACGUGAAGAAGGAUUUCUGCUGCAACGGCAACGUAGUGAAUGACAAGGAGCUGGGGAAGGUUAUUCAGCUCCAGGGCGACCAGCGCAAGAACGUCCAGGCCUUCCUGGCUUAA